GGAGCUACAGUGUGGCCUGAGCAGGCCGAGCCAGCGCCAGUCUCGCCUACAUGACGCCGCCACACACACUCUCACACAGCUGAUCUCAGGGGCUACUGCAACUGCUGCUGUUCACGCCACAGAGCAAGGAGCUGGACGGCGUGUUACGGGAUAGAACAAAUGCAAGGAGAGAAGAGGGCGAAGGAAAGUUGAAGGAACGAAGAGGGGGAGAUUGACCUGAGGUUUUAAAAGAGCAAAGAGGAAGAGGUGAAGUUGUGGAUGAAAUGACAGGUACAGACUCAUGAAAAUGUGCAUUCAUGACUGGAGUCGUUACUAAGGAGCCUUGGAUGGAUAACAGUGCAGCUGGAGGUCAGUGGCAGAUUGACGCCAAUUUUGCAGAAAGGACUAUUACCGAGAAAAUUGAAUCUAGACUCAUUUGGGGGAAGGGGCCAGUUUGGCUGAAUAAAGUCUCCAAGGACACAUUUUUGUUACACUAGCAAGGUGAAACCCGAUAUUAUUAUCAAGAGCCACAGCUCAACUGUCACCUGGAAAUCGGACAUUUUGAACACUGCAAAACUAAAGCCACCCCAGCCACUCUUUGGGCAGCUGUCACUGUUGAGAUGAUUCACAACACACUCAAGUCCACCCAGCCGUCGGAGCACAGCCCCAGGAGCACACACUCAGCCGCACAGAGGAAGCUGUGGAGAUACUCGGGAUGCAGAGGCGCCGGCCAGGUUGAAAGUCACCGUCGCAGUGUGUGUGUGCUGGCUGCAGACUUGAACACUGGAGAAAGAGGAGGGGGAGGAAGAGGAGGAGGAGGAGGAGGAGGAGGCGGAGGUGUGAUGCACACUAUCCACGGGCUGUGCCACCUGUGCAUCGGAUGUAGGCUGCCUCAGGUGACCAUCCUUCGAGGAAAGGAUGGAUAUGGCUUCACCAUCUGCUCGGAUUCCCCUGUGAGGGUGCAGGCUGUUGAUCCAGGGGGUCCAGCGGAUCAGGCAGGUCUGCAGCAGUUGGACACUCUCCUGCAGCUAAAUGGUCAGCCAGUGGAGCAGUGGAAAUGUGUGGACUUAGCCCAUGCUAUCAGAACCAGCGCCAAUGAAAUCACACUGGUGGUGUGGCGCACAGGCCCUUCAGCUAAGCCUAGUUUUGAGGGCCUCAUCCAUCGGCCCUCCUACAAGCCCUCAACUUCAAACUAUGACGCCCCCUCACCCCCGACUCGCAGGCGCGCACCAGACGUUGGAACCAGCAAAACCCCCCCAGCUGUGCCGCCUCUCCCAGCCCACCACCGUGCCACUGCCACCCGCAGGCUGCUGGUCAACGGCACAGAAGCUGGAAAUAGCAGCAGUAUAGGCGUAGGGACCCUGGCAUGGGGGGCCCAGGGAGGGUCGGCCGAGGAGCUGGAUGGGAAACCGCGUCACCUCCACCACCCUCAUACCGCCACACUAAAGGGUACCAGAGUGAAGGCAUCCAACGGGGACAACUACAUCAUCCUGGCCCCCAUCAACCCUGGAAGCCAGAUCUUGAGGCCUGUUUACCAAGACAACCAGGGAACGUUAGCUGCCAGGUUAUACCCCACACGGCAGGCCUCUGGUUCACAGUCCCAGAGUGGUGGUGGUGGCGGUGGCGGUGGGGGUCUCUCCAGCCGUACUGGCUUCCUGCGCCGCUCUAACAACUCCAAGACAACAAAGACGGCGUCCACCUCUACUAACGCCGGUGUACCUGGCUACCAACAGCAGAAUGCCAACUUUGCCAAUUACCAGAACUGUACCAUUGUCCGCUCACACACUCCACAUGCCAACUACGGAUAUGUCAAAGUGGCACCCAAGAUCCUUAUCUUCCCCAUCUUUGUUCAGCCUCUUGACCUCUGCAGCCGAGCUCUCAUCAUAUCUGAGGAGAUGAUACUACAUGAGAGCAAGCACCACUCACUCAAGGUUACAGUGUUCAUCUACAGUGACCUGAUGCUGGUGACAAGAGAGGAUGAGCCAGGCAGGUGUAACGUCCUUCAGAGUCCCCUGUACCUCCGACAGCUCCGGCUCCAGGACGAUUACGCUGAAGAACUGAGAUUCUACCUUAUUCACAUGACGGAGAAGUGUGACUGCCUGCUCAGCCUGGAAGCCUAUUCAGCAGACCAGAAGCGCCGUGUGUGUCAGUGCCUGAAGGACAACAUUGACAAGCAGCUCCAGCUUCACAGGAGGGAACCUUCCUUUCCGCAUUUUGAACAGAUGUUGGAGCCUAAGGUUGAUACCCCUUCCUGUGAGCUGGGCGGAGUAGGAGAUCGAGGAGGUGUGUGUCUCCACCUGCCCCCCCGCAACUCGGAAGGUGAGGAAAGCAGCCUAUAUCCCUCCAGUCCCUCAGAGCCCCCAACCCUGGGCAGCCCUCACCCCUCAGAGCCUCUCACCCCUUUGGAUGAGAUCUACAUGCCUCUCGGGGGUCUGAUGGGAUCUGAGGAGCGACACAAGGUACCUCCUACACCACCUCCUUCCACUGAGGGUGAGGAUUGGAAGAGUAUGGAGGGGAAUGAGAUGGAGCUCUGGAGAGAGGUGAAUACUUUGGAGAGCCGGAAAGAGGAAGAGGAGGAGGAUGGGGCCAGCAGAAAGAGUGCAGGAAGUGAAGGGGAAGAGAAAGAAGAACAAGAAGGAGAAGAAGAGGGAGAGAGGAAUGAAGAGGAAGGCAACUUGAACCUGGUGGUAUCAAACACAGAUGAGGACAACGCCUCGGAGCCACCUGACACCAACGCUCCACCCUCGUCUUCCUCGUCCUCAUUUGUCAUCCCUGAGCUGCGCCUUGAUCGCUCGUUUAGCGCAGAUGCCCUCUCCUCACCCAACACUGACGAGGAAGAGUACGAUGAAGAUGAAGACGAGGAGUCUGAGGAAGAGGACGAUGAAGACGACAGUGACGAUGCAUACCUGCAGCGCAGCGACAGCAAGCGCCGCAGCAUGGUGGAGGGUGCCACCUGUGAGAAGCAUGGAGGAGGGGGGCUCAGUGUGCAGAACUCCCUCCGCAGGCGCACCCACAGUGAGGGGAGCCUCCUGCAAGACCCCCGCACGCCUUGUUUCACCUCCGACAACGCCAUCAACUGCUUGGAGGCGGCAGGAGGGCACCACAAGGGCGGCUGGACACUCCCAUCACCCAAAACCCUGAAGAAAGAGCUGACGAAGAAUGGAGGCUCCAUGCAUCAGCUGUGUAUGCUGUUUGCUGGGAGGAAGCUGAGUUCUGGAUCCCCCUGUAGCUGUGAGGUCAGCCCCGAAGGAACAAAGAGAAAGAAAUCCAAGAACCUGGCCAAAGACAUGAAGAAUCGGCUGGCUUUCCUGCGGAGGAGGAAUGAAUCCCCAGGAAGCAACCCAGCCAGCAAGUUAGACAAAUCUAUGAAGUCAGUCAAGCCCACCCCGGAGGAAGCACUGAAAUGGGGGGACUCACUUGACAAGCUGCUGACACACAAAUAUGGUCUGGCAGCAUUCAGAGCUUUCCUGCGCACAGAGUUCAGCGAGGAGAAUCUGGAAUUCUGGCUAGCAUGUGAGGAAUACAAGAAGAUCAAGUCGCAGUCCAAGAUGGCCUCAAAAGCCAAGAAAAUCUUUGCAGAAUACAUCGCUAUCCAGUCGUGUAAAGAGGUAAAUCUGGAUUCGUACACCAGAGAUCACACUAAGGACAACCUGCAGAAUGUGACACGGUCUUGCUUUGACCUAGCGCAGAGGCGGAUAUACGGGCUGAUGGAGAAGGACUCAUACCCCCGCUUCCUGCGCUCAGAACUCUACGUGGACUUAAUCAACCAAAAAAAGCCCAGCUCCACUCCGACUUCAUCUUCGUCAUAAGGGACCAGAAAAAGAUCUAAGGAGAAGAGAAAGACGAUGACGAGAGAACAAAAAAGGGGCAGACUUGAAAAAAAGUGGGUGGGUGGGAUGUGAGGGUCUUUGUUUGCCUUUUUAUUUUUUACAUUUUUUUGUGUAUGUCAUCCUGUCCACUAUGUUGUGUUUUUGUUGUUAUGGUGUGAGAGGACGCGGCAAAGCUAUGGCACUGCAAAGGAAUGUAGUUUACACAGUUAACAGGUGGAUGGAUGAGUGAAUGGACUGGUGAAUGCAUGGAUGUUACUAAAAAGCCCACGAGUGAGGGCUGGAGCGGGAGCUGGACGCUUGUCUGAUCACUGUCUCUCUUUAGUUGUGGUGUCAGUCUUUUAGUAGUGUUUUUAAGUUUUCGUCCAGUUGUACUGGAGAAAAGGAGGGGUUGGUCAGAAAACCCUGCAGACAUGAAGACAGUCCGGUACUGUUUUGUCACUUUUUUUCCCUUAAUUUCCUUUUUAAAUCCCCUCCUUUCCUCCACCAUGUUCUCUGUGAAGCCACUUCAAAGCUGUCGGUACGACACAAAGUCCUUUUUCUUUGUGUAUUUUCUUUUUUUAUAAGCCUCCAAUCUGUAUGACGGAAGAGGAAAAAAAGAUGUCUGAAUGAAAGCUAGCGUUGGCUCUGUUUCACGCACAUCUCUGUUAAACACCUACACCCUCUAAAAGCUUCUAUAGCUUCCACCUCAUUCAGUUCAUCCCAAGACUGUGGGAAGAGUUCACCAGGGACAAAGACGGAGACAGCGACGGGCAAAGAACACAACACGUAUAAAUAACGGAUGGACUGGAGUUGUGAUGAAACACAGACGUGUGUCACUCUCACAUUAAAAGACAUUUAAAGUCACAUUCAAAGCCAGUAAUGGAAGAAAAAGACGACUUGCUUCCUGUCUCCAAAGACUGUUUACAACAAGGAAUGAAAACUGAAGAAGUAAAAAAAUGUUCCGUGCAGUCAAACGACAUUUCCUUUAAAGUUGUAGCUCAUUCUGGACUAAUCGAGGAAGCAUUCUCAGGACAUUGCCAUGACAGGUUCCAGCUUGGUUUCUUUUCUGUUUUUCUACACACUCACUGUUUUUAUAUGCUUUAGGGUUCCAACCUGCACUCCCUAGCUCCACUGAGCAAUACACAAGAAGUUGCUCACGUCGUAGUCGCAGGAAAAACAGUUGCUUCAUGUUGUUAUUUAUUUAGAUUAACUCGCUGGAUGCUUCUACAGACACCUUCACCUCCUCUAAAGCACUCAGCUAAAAGCUCUCACUUUCCUCUUAACCACCAAACAGGUCCAAUGCUGUCCUGAACUUUAAGUGCAAUAUUUUUUUUAAUUUUAUUUUAUUAUUAUGUUUGGUUUUGUUCAUUUAUUUGGAUAAUUUUAAAUUUUUAUGGGGAAGACGAACGGCUUGAGCUCUGUAUUAACUUUAUUUGUUAAGAGAAAAAAACAAAACGUAGAGCUAUAAGGUUGACUUACAACGUAAACUUUCAAGAACCAUAAGUAGUUUAAUGAAUUUUAAGCAAGCGAUUCUAACUGUGUGUUAACCCCCGGCAGCAGGCAGCUGGGGCGCAUUAUGGUUGUAAAUAUAAUUCUUUAAGAAAACUAUGUGAUAACACAUUAAAAACAAACAAAAAACAAAAAACCCAUAGGUCUCUGCUGGUGAAUGUGGGACCCAGCUGUAUCUAUGUAAAUAUGAGAGACUCAAAACUAUAAGAUGACAUGUAUUGUUAAAAAAAAAAAAACGUAGGUGAGCAAGAGCAGGUACAAUCUGCUCUUUUCCCUGGUCAUACACUGCUUGUAAGGAGUUUUCUGAAAUGCAUUUUAUCAUUUUCACUGUUUACAAUUCAAAAUGCAUCUCCUAUGAUAGCAAGUGAAAACAGUAGAGUACAUUUGGUGUCAAUGCUAAUGAUAAAUAAACCAACCAACUGAUGAAGUAA